AUGUUUAAGAAAUUAGCAUUUACACAAAGAAGAUUUUUGAACAUGUCAUUAGAUAGUUCAAAAUUAGUUAUAAAUAAGACCACCACACCAAAAACUAAGUUACCAAAUGAUGAAUUAGUAUUUGGUAAGUCAUUCACUGAUCAUAUUUUAGAAGUUGAAUGGACUGCUCAAGAAGGUUGGGGUACUCCAAAGAUUAGUCCUUAUCACAAUUUAUCAUUAGAUCCAAGUGCUGUUGUUUUCCAUUACUCUUUUGAAUUAUUUGAAGGUUUAAAAGCUUAUAAAGACGAUAAUGGUGAUGCUAGAUUAUUCAGAAUUAAUAAAAAUAUGGAAAGAAUGUCUAAAUCAGCCAACGCCAUUGAUUUACCAGCUUUCGACAAGGAAGAAUUAGCCAAAUUAAUUGGUAAGUAUGUUGAAGUUGAAAAAGAUUUCAUUCCUAAAGGUAAUGGAUAUUCAUUAUAUUUAAGACCAACUAUGAUUGGUACUACUCCAAGUUUAGGUGUUGCUACCCCAGAUAAAGCUUUGAUUUUCGUCAUUGCUUCACCUGUUGGUCCAUAUUAUAAAACUGGUUUCAAAGCUGUUUCAUUACAAGCUACUGAAGAUCAUGUUAGAGCAUGGCCAGGUGGAAGUGGUGAUAAAAAAUUAGGUGCUAAUUAUGCUCCAACUAUUAAACCACAAAGAUUAGCUGCUGAAAAGGGACAUCAACAAAUUUUAUGGUUAUUUGGUGAAGAAGGUUACGUUACUGAAGUUGGUACUAUGAAUGUUUUCUUCGCUUUCCAAAAACCAAAUGGUAAAAAAGAAUUAGUUACUGCUCCAUUAGACGGUACUAUUUUAGAAGGUAUUACUAGAGAUUCUAUUUUAGAAUUAUGUAGAGAAAAAUUAGGUGAUGAAUGGGAAGUUUCUGAAAGAAACUAUACUAUUCAUGAUGUUAAAAAAGCUGCUGAUGAAGGUACUUUAAUCGAAGCUUUUGGUUCAGGUACUGCUGCUAUUGUUUCACCAGUUAACAACAUUGAAUUCAGAGGUGAAAACAUCAAAGUUCCAACUUCUGAAGGUGAAACUGGUGAAGUUACUAAAAAAGUUUUACAAUGGAUCAAUGAAAUUCAAUACGGUAAAUCCCAAUUCAAAAAUUGGUCAACUUUGACUAAAGAUUUAUAA